AUCUGCCUGCCCAGGUGAGCAACAUCUCAAGGUCAGCAAGAAGAUGACCCUCCUCAGCUACUUGAGCCUUGGUCUUCUUGGCCUCUUGGUCGCCAAUCCUUUCCUGGGAGUCAAGGCUGACAACUGUGCCAGAGAAUGGCUGAAUAUCCAAGGCAACUGCUAUGCUUAUUUUGAGACCAAGAAGACAUGGCAAGAGGCUGAGGUUGAAUGUCAGGGUUAUGGACGGGGGGCCCACCUUGCCUCCAUCCUCAGCUGGUCAGAGACCCUUCUGGUGUCCCAACACCUCCUGGAGUACCAGAGAGUCAUCAGCGAUGUGUGGAUUGGGUUCCACGAUGUCACUAAGAAAGGGAGAUGGAGGUGGGCUGACGGAGCCGUCUCCAACUACAGGCUCUGGAUGAAAAACCAGCCAGACAACGCCAGCAAAUCUGAGUACUGUGUGGAGCUGCGUCGUUCAACAGAUUUUAUUGAGUGGAACGAUGUGGAUUGCAAGAAAAAGAAUGCCUUCAUCUGCAAGCAUGAACUCUAG